AUGGCUUCUCUGGGGGAUUCCAUCACCUCACCCGACAACCAUCAUGAGCCGUCCGCUGCUGCCGCUCCCGAUGCCGAGACGGCCUCACACGCUGAGACGCGCCCGCGCAAGCGUCGCAGACGAACCGUCGCAUGUACCCAAUGCCGUACGAGGAAGCUGAAAUGCGAUCGCGAGUAUCCUACCUGCGGCCGGUGUCUGAAGGGCCGCACCCCCGGGCGAUGUACAUACGAGGAUAGCUUUGUUUGGCAGCAGCCCAAGACUGUGACCACCACCUCAUCGAACAGCCCUGCUGCCGUGACCGACCGCUUCAGCAACCAUAUCACGCUGCCGCCGCCCAGCAGCAUUGCCGCCAUUUCACCACCGUCGACCGCGUCUGGCAUCUUCUCAUCCCGGUCCCUGGCCUUGCCUGCGUCGGAACCGCGACCACCGGGACAGUCUAGACGCCGGUUUCUGGAUACUGUGCUGGACGCUCCAAACCCGGCGGCUGCGAAUCACUGGCGUCCCAUGUCGGAUGGAGACUUGAAUGGGUAUUCUCGUUCCAACAACCACCAGGAUGUCGGGGAUCAGGUGUUGGCGUCGCCGUCGCAGAAGUUGGAGCUUUCGAACAAGGUUAUACUUAGAGGUAAGGAGACGAGAACUCGCUUCAACGGCAGCGGGAUUUUUGCCAAUUUGUUUUUGCAAUUCCCCCAGUUGAAACCGUUUAUGAACGACUUAAAGACAAAUAACCCGACUAUCAGACGUCUGCGUUUUGGAUACGAGAACUCUAGAAUGUGUUCCACGAAGGCGAAAAUGAAGCAGCCCAUUCCGAACCCCGACACCGCUAUGCUGAUGGCUUUACUCCCUCCCAAGCAGGUUGUUGAGGAGCUACUUCGACUGUAUCUGGCUUACGUCGAACCGUUCCACCGGGUAAUUCACAUCCCUUCGUUCCGACGAGAACUGUCGGAGAUGUGGGCGCGAAUAGACUCGCCGGAUAUGGUCUCAGCUGCAUUUGUCGCUCAACUGCUGUUGAUUCUGGCCGCUGCUUUCGCAUUCUUUGAGGCAGAGCGAUCUCUUGCCUUGAGUGAAUUCAACAUUCCACGAUGGCAGGUAGUGAAUUGGAUUCGCUACGCUGAGAAAUGGCUCGAAGUCUCGGAUAUUAAGCGACCGGAUUUGACGGUGUUGCGUAUUCAUUGCUUGGCAAUUAUAGCACGCAACACACAAGGUCUUAGACGUAGUCGGGUAUGGUUGGAUACAGGAAACUUGGUCAAACUGGCAAUGCUGGCUGGUUACCACCGAGACCCAGACCACAUUUCCAAAAUCACUUUGUUCAAUAAAGAAAUGCGGAGACGAAUCUGGACGACCAUUGUUGAGCUUGACUGUCAGAUUUCUAUGGAUAGGGGCAUGCCCCCGUCCUUGCAGGCAUCAGACUUUGAUACUGCUCCGCCUUUGAAUAUCAACGACGACGAAAUAAACGAGAAUACAAUAGAGGAGCCCCGGUCAAGACCAUUGCAGGAAUUCACUGACUGUGUCUUUCCGUGCGUUCUUGCGCAGUCGCUCCCACUAAGGUUGAAGAUUUGUAGUCUGAUGAACUCGCCGGUUGUGUCAUGCUCGUAUGAAGACAUUCGAAGGUUGGAAUGGGAACUAGGCUGCUUCCAAGCUGGUCUCCCUCUGUGGCCAACCCCGACUGACCAACAAACAAACCACAAAGUCACUCUCGCUAGAGCCUUUUUGGAGACAAAACUUGGCCAAUGGCUAUUAGCCAUCCACACCCCAUUCGCUAUAGAGGCGAACGAAGAUCCACUAUUCGAAUCGUCUUCUCGAGCGCGUCUCGAGGCGGCAACGCUAAUUCUGUCCCGUCAACUGAAACUACACGAAACCUCAAUCAGGCUUUCAUUUGCUCAUCUAUCAGACAGCGUUGCCCAAGCCAGUGUCUCCAUACUACAGCAUCUCUAUGCAUCGCGCACUGGCUACACAUCGAACCUUCUCCGCCAGGUGCUUCCUGUCAUCACCGAUUCUCUGGUCGACCUGGUCGAGAAAUCGAUAAUCUGCCUUGAGAAUAAGCUGAUGGUGAUGGCGAAAGGCGCCAAGCAAUUCUUCAUCCUCAACCUGCUUUUCUCUCUUGUCAAAGCGGAGCUAUAUCCCGACCAAGCAGAACUAUUCAAAAAGCUCACUAUUGAGCGUAUCAGCGCGGUGGCUCAGAAUCUGAUCAUGCGUGAUUCGGAGGUGAACCUUCCUCCUGAUGGAGUUGACUUGCCAUCAAUAUCCCAAGUUCCCGGUCUCGCCUCGUCAACCAUCCAAACGCCACUUGACAGUGUACCAGGGUCAUUUGAAGGGAACAGCAAUCUGCCGGAUCUGUUGACGCCGCCCGAUGACUUUAACAGUCUUCUCCAGGUGUUUGACUGGGAAGACCUCUCAACUUUUCCGUAUUCAUUGUAG